AUGGAGUCAAUUCUCAUCCAACAAGCGAACUCAGCGCCCAGCGCAACUGCAGUCGUGCACGAUACCCAUACCAUCAGUUACCGGGAACUCAUCAUGAGAGCCGAUAUCCUGGUUGAUCUUCUGGAGAAGCAUUCUCUAGAACCAGAAACGCCUGUCUUUACCCUCGUUCAGACGGGUCUUCCACAGGUCCUGGCCCAAAUCGCCGUCUUGCGUGCGGGAGGGACCUGUGUUCCUGUUGAUCCAACCGCACCUCCGAAUCGAAUCAAAGGGAUGCUUGAAGAUCUCGAUACGACGCUCAUAAUUGCCAACAGUGACUCUGACCUGUUGGCCCCCGAUAUGAACGUCGUCCCCAUUGAAGCAGCCCUGGACGCACAGGUCGACAUCAACAAUGACCAGGAGAUAUCUGUGCGCGCCGGUCGUCCAGAGACCCAUCGAAGCCAUAUUCUGUUCACGUCAGGUUCUACCGGUCGACCUAAACCAGUUCAGGUCUUGACCAGUAGUAUCCUUCACGUGCUGAGAAGUAUACGUACAGGACCACUCGGUUCUUCUGAUAGGUCGACUGCUAUGCUGAAUCCUGGAUUUGACUUCUCUAUCCUAGAGAUGUGGAAAGCCUUGUUGGAAGGGGCAACAGUCGUCCACGUACCGCACAUCAUACGAAACGACACUUUGGCGUUACAGAACUUCCUGAAGGAGCAACAGAUCACGUUCACAUGCGUACCCACUGCCCUUUUCGAGGUGAUCGCGCUUACUGCACCGGAAGCCUUUCACGGAGUGCGGCAUGUCAUCGUCGGCGGAGAGGCUGUCAGCAGCAGUGCGAUGCGUACUGUCCUUGAGGCAAGUCCACCAGAGAACCUGUGGAAUAUAUAUGGCCCUGCCGAAGCAACGAUCUGUGUCACCAUGGCCCGGGUAGAUCACCAGGAGGCCCAACGCUCGCGCAUCACUAUCGGGCACACUUUCGGCGACACGAAGAUUUUCCUCCUUGAUGGCGACCUGAAGCCCAUCAACGAGCCCAAGGUCACCGGGGAACUUUACAUUGCCGGGCCUCAAGUGAGGCCUGGAUACCUGAACCGAGAAGAAGAAAACGAGAAAAGCUUUGUUUCGGUGGAUGUCGCCGGUACGCUCAUUCAUAUGUACCGUAGUGGAGACCUGGCACAGUGGCGUGACAAGGCGGGGGGUUCUUUGGACCACAUCGGGCGGGCCGAUGACCAGAUCAAGAUUUCGGGCUACCGCGUUGAGCUUGGGGAGGUGUCUCGUGUGAUUGAGGAACAUCCGCGCGUCCACUCGUCUGUGGUGAAUUACCAGAAGGAGAAUGGAGCGGAAUAUCUGGAAGCAUACGUCGUACUCGGCGACCAGGAGCUGGAUCUCAACACAGAGGAGCUGAUUGACUGGACAAACAAGAAGCUCCCUCCCUACAUGGUACCAAGCAAGGUCGUCAAGAAGGAAACAUUUCCCCUCACCUUGAAUGGAAAGGUUGAUCGCGAAGCUCUGGUUUCGGGCAACAGUGACGAUGAGACAGCCACACCUCAUGAAUGGACGCCAGAGGAGAGCGAUGGGGAUACCGGGGACUUGCCUAAGUGGCUGGCUUCAGUCCUCCAACCAAUGCUCCCUUCCUGGAGUGGAAACCCGUCAGACAACUUUUUCUCCCUCGGGCUAGGCUCCCUUCAGGCAGCCCAAUUCCUCGGUCGUAUUCGACGUGAGCAAGGCAAGACGAUCUCGCUCGCACAGCUUCAUAGUCACCCAACAAUCAAGACCCUCGCACAAUUUUUAGCUGAUCCCUCUCCGGAAGACAAUCCAGAGUCCGGUAUCGAGCGGUGGAAGCGUGAUCUAAAGGACUUAGAAAAUACUAUCUUGCUUCCGGAGUGGCGGGACGCCGACGAAGGCCGGGUAUUCCUGACUGGAGCCACUGGAUUUUUGGGUGCGCAUAUAUUGCAGCAGCUUCUGUGCAUGCCCGAGGUGAAGCAAGUGGCUUGUCUGGCACGUGGUCAAUCUGGGGUCAGUGCCAGUGCCCGAAUCCAGCGAAAUCUCGAGAAAUACAAGUUAUGGGACAGUUGCUCGGAAAAGACAGAGAAGAUCAUCGUCCUGGAGGGCGACCUGGCAGAUCCGACCUUGGGGCUUGGGGAGAGACAGUUCAAUUGGCUCGCAAACUGGGCCAGCGUCAUCUUCCACGUGGGCGCGCGAGUCAAUUGGUGUGAACCUUACGAGGCACAUUAUGGAUCCAAUAUCCUUGGUAUGAGCCACAUCAUCCGCGCUGCAACCCUGGGUCGCCGAAAGCCAUUACACUACGUCUCAUCGAUCGAUGUGUGGACCGCCACUGGAUUCAUCAACAAUGCGGAACGUGUGGAUGCAGAUGAGCCACUCAUGCCGCAUAUCAAUGCCGCCCCUUAUGACACCGGAUACUCCAUCAGCCAGGUUGUCGCCGAGGAACUGCUCCAGCGGGCGCGAGGCCGCGGCUUGCCCACAGCGAUCUAUCGGCCGGGAUUCAUCGUUGGUCACAGCGAACACGCCAUUGCCAACGCGAACGACUAUUUUUCCCGCUUGGUCAUGGGUUGCAUUCAGAUAGGGUACUUCCCAGAUCUUCCUACUCAGUACCUGGAGUAUAUCACUGUUGACUAUGUCACUUCGGCCAUUUUGCACAUCUCAUCUGAUCUGAACAAUCUGGGCCGAGCGUAUCACGUUGUGCCCCCUGACAGGCGUGAGUCGAUCAGUUACGGGCAACUUCAUCAGAUGCUUCAAGAUCUGGGUUAUCAGGUUGAGAAGAUCGACUAUUUCGACUGGGUGGAUAAGGUUCGUGAGUCACCAGGGAAUCCACUCGAAGCGAUGAUGCCAUUACUUGAGGAAGAAGUCUGUGAAGGCAUGACUCGGUUGCAGACCAGCCUGAACACGCCUGUAUUCGACCCGCGAAACACAAGGAUCGCCCUGAAAGACAGUCAGUGUAUGGAAUAUGUGGCUCUCAAUUCAGGUUUGUUGCAGCGGUUUAUUCAGAACUGGGUGGAUAGAGGAGAGUUCACUCUCGAUUAUGGUCGCGCUGAGAGAGGCUGA